CUGACAUCUAAACACACCAAUUAUAUCACAGUAUCCUGAGCUGCAUCUUUGUGACACGCCCCUUCCUCUCUCUCUCUUUCGGAUUUCAGAGCGUGACCGACGUUUCGUGUCUAUUCAGACUUAAAAAUGCGUUACGUGGCCGCUUACCUGUUGGCUGUCCUCGGUGGGAACAGCAGCCCCUCGGCCAAGGACAUCAAGGCCAUUUUGGGGAGCGUGGGGAUCGAGACUGAUGAUGAACGCUUAAAAAAGGUCAUUAGUGAGCUGCAAGGGAAAAACAUCAAUGACGUUAUGAAUUCAGGCCUCUCGAAGUUAACCUCCGUACCAGCAGGUGGCGCUGUGGCAGCUCCUGCGGCAUCAGGCAAGCCUGCCAGCGCUGGGGCUGCGCCUGCUGCUGCGGAAGAGAAAAAGGAGGAGAAGGAAGAAUCGGAAGAGUCGGAUGAAGACAUGGGCUUCGGACUCUUCGAUUAAUCUGCCUUAGUUUCUAAAAAGCAAUAAAAAAAAGUAAAAGGUUUACACAGAA